GAUGAGUGCGGUAAAAUCGGCCUUAGGUGAUAUGGUGAUAACCUUUUUGUGGGUUAUUCUCUCGGCGACGUUUGGGAUUCAGACGGCGGCGAUUGUUUCGGCCGUCGGGUUUCAUGGCAUCACUUGGGCUCCUCUUGUGAUCUCAACGUUGGUUGUUUUCGUCUCCAUCUCGAUUUUUACGGUUAUUGGAAACGUUCUUGGUGGUGCUAGCUUCAAUCCUUGUGGAAACGCAGCGUUUUAUACCGCCGGCGUUUCCAGAGAUUCUCUCUUCUCCUUGGCCAUUAGAUCUCCUGCUCAGGCAGUUGGUGCGACAGGAGGGGCGAUAACGAUCAUGGAGAUGAUACCGGAAAAGUAUAAGACUAAGAUUGGAGGAAAGCCUUCAUUGCAAGUUGGUGCACACAAUGGAGCUAUUGCUGAAGUGAUCCUAAGUUUUAGUGUUACAUUUUUGGUGUUACUAAUUAUCUUAAGAGGUCCUCGAAAACUGCUUGCUAAAACGUUCUUGCUCGCUCUCGCUACCGUAUCAGUGUUUGUCGUGGGAUCUAAAUUCACUAGACCAUUCAUGAAUCCUGCCAUUGCAUUUGGGUGGGCAUAUAUAUACAAGUCUCACAACACAUGGGACCAUUUUUAUGAUCCGCCGCAGACCACGGCGUCCUCCGGUACCGGCAACGGCAACGGUAAGAUACGCUACCGUUCGCCUUCUUCCACUGAGCUUCUGGAGUCUGGAAACCAUUCUCCUACAUCCGACUCUGUUGACGGAGGUAAGAUGACGGCGAAGCGUGGGAUUGGACGGCACGAAUCUCUUGCUGACAAGAUCCAACGCCAUCGUGGUCUUAUUCUUGUGAUUUCGGUUCCCAUUGUGUUGAUCGGGCUUGUUCUUCUGCUAAUGCCUGGGAGAUCGACUUCUGAUUCCGUCGUUGAAGAGUAUACGGUGCAUAAUCGCAAAGGAGGUCCUAAUUCGAGAGGUCCGAAGAAUUACGCUGUGAUUUUUGAUGCGGGAAGUUCUGGUAGCCGUGUACAUGUUUAUUGUUUUGAUCAGAAUUUGGAUCUUAUUCCUCUCGGGAAUGAACUUGAGCUCUUCUUACAGCUAAAACCAGGGUUGAGCGCAUAUCCUACUGAUCCCCGACAAGCAGCAAACUCUUUGGUGUCUCUUCUUGACAAAGCAGAGGCUUCUGUUCCCCGCGAGCUGCGUCCAAAGACACCUGUCAGAGUUGGGGCCACUGCAGGUUUGAGGACGCUGGGUCAUGAUGCAUCUGAGAACAUUUUGCAAGCGGUUAGGGAACUCUUGAGAGAUAGAAGCAUGCUGAAAACUGAGGCAAAUGCUGUUACUGUACUGGAUGGUACCCAGGAAGGUUCUUAUCAGUGGGUAACUAUUAACUACUUGCUAAGGAACCUGGGAAAACCAUACUCAGAUACGGUAGGAGUGGUUGAUCUUGGAGGGGGGUCUGUUCAAAUGGCAUAUGCUAUAUCCGAGGAAGAUGCUGCAAGUGCACCAAAACCAUUAGAAGGAGAGGAUUCAUAUGUCAGGGAAAUGUAUUUGAAGGGACGGAAGUAUUUCCUCUAUGUUCACAGUUACCUACAUUACGGAUUACUGGCCGCCCGAGCAGAGAUUUUGAAAGUUUCUGAAGAUUCAGAGAACCCCUGCAUCGUGGCAGGCUAUGAUGGUAUGUACAAGUAUGGGGGAAAAGAAUUUAAAGCCCCUGCUUCACCAUCUGGUGCGAGUCUUGACGAGUGCCGAAGGGUAACCAUCAACGCACUAAAAGUGAAUGAUACACUGUGUACACACAUGAAAUGCACAUUCGGUGGAGUCUGGAAUGGUGGUCGAGGUGGUGGUCAAAAGAAUAUGUUUGUUGCUUCUUUUUUCUUCGAUCGUGCUGCUGAGGCUGGAUUUGUUGACCCGAAGCAACCUGUUGCUACAGUUCGUCCCAUGGACUUUGAGAAAGCAGCAAAGAAAGCUUGUAGUAUGAAGCUGGAAGAGGGGAAAGCGAAAUUCCCACUUGUGGAGGAAGAGAAUUUGCCUUACUUGUGCAUGGAUCUCAUUUACCAAUAUACUUUGCUCAUUGAUGGAUUCGGCUUGGAGCCAUCACAGACAAUAACGUUAGUGAAGAAGGUCAAAUACGGAGACCACGCCGUGGAAGCUGCUUGGCCAUUGGGUAGCGCCAUAGAGGCCGUAUCCUCGCCGUGAGGGGCAUUUUGGGAAUUACACAGAACCUUAUUCUUUUGAUUUCUACCAAAGCUUUUUUUUUUUCCUCAGUUUUUAGACUUUUUACCAUCCCUUAAAGCAUAGUACAUUAGUACUUAUCAUUUUUAUUACAAUAUAUCGUAUUUAGAAAAAUUGUUUUGUUGCUUAUAUCUACUUUUUCAGAUCUUUGAUUCUUUUUUCUUGUAAAAUAGAGUACUCUUCUUAUUGUCCAUGUUUCUUAUAUUUUUAUGAAAAGAUUGCAACAUUCUUACUUUUUUGGAUUUCGCGUAUUUUGCUCAUGGAAUUACUUUUUUUUUCAGAAGAAAUGAGGAGUUUAUUA